AUGUAUACAAAGGAGUACUACUGGUUUUCACAGUAUAUGAUAAUAACAAGUACUUUAGUGCUUACCAUAAUAUGGUCAAUACUACCACCGUCGCUGGGUGAAGCUGUGCCACAACAGUUUAUCAGCACGAUAUUAGACAUUUUUCCACAGAGAAGAUGGAUAAUUACCUUCGAGAGUAUAAUGUUAAUGGGCAUGCUAUGCACCUACAUCGGCCUCUUAAUGUAUAAUGAGGACAUGUUAACGCCACCGCUAGAUUCUCUGUCUACAGUAACGGAUGCCGGUGGUCAGCUUAUCAUAGAAGAUGACGCAGAUGUGUUCAUCAAGAAAUGGGCAUUCAAAGAGACCAGUGGAAUUUACGAUCUGCCUCUGAUGGAUGCCUGCCAACUUCUAUACCUAUAUGACAGCGACGAUACCACCCUAUAG